AUGGUUGUAGCAGCGCGUUUGCAACUAACAGAACCGCGUCCCCUCCUCUUCCACCUUCUGACCGAAAUUCUCGCCAACCGCACGAGGCGGGUACAAGAGGAGGAGGAGGAGGAGGAGGAGGAGGAAGGCUUGUAUGUGCGUACACUGGUUAAAUUAUUAAUGUCUUGAGCGUUAGCUUCUUUCACGAGACCCUAUUUUGACAACCGACUCCGUUUGAAGCGGUCCUGUGGGUCGUGGACACCACGAGGAGAGAAGUUGGUUAUUCUUUUUGCAUACAUAUGCACGCGCACGCACGCACAAACAAUUGAAGAAGGACCUGCAGGACUGCGGUUUGCCCUAAAGGCCAUCACGUACGGCGGUCGCGGUUCUGAGCGGCAUCGCUGAACAUCAAAAAGAAGAUCUUUUGCUCUACUCCAUUUAUCAAAAUUUACCCCCUACGAAGUCCGCAUCGCGAGACCGUAGGUUCAAUCGAAGAAAAUUCUCAGUGUUUUUUCCUAAAAUUCAACUCGCCUGGGCUUCCCUAACUGGUAAAAUACGUGGAACUUUGAUCUCCUGGGGCUGAAGCAAGCGUCACACCCAAUCCUGUUUCUGGGUUACAGCAGUAACAGGCAGUUCACCUCCAAACGACCAUUCGCUUUUAAAGUUAUUGGAAAAAAGGGAUUUUAGGGGAAUGUCAUAAGUCAUCUGGACUGCUGGACAGAGCGUACUGAAAAGCGUUCGUACAAAACUACGGUUCUGUGCAGCUGAUGGCGUAUUCUACUAAAAUAAUAGAAUUCAGAGUGAAAAUGGAGAAAAGCCUCAGCUCUAAUUGACCCUCCCUUAAAAGAUGAUCGGAGUGAUUACUUAAAUAUAUCGAAGGACUUUCGCGUUAAAAUCGCCUGGGCACCGUAAAUGUUUUACAAAUGGAAGACUGUAUUUUGUUCAGCUGCCUGACAUAUUUUUCACAAAAUCCGUGUCAGCUGGGUUUUGUGGAAGCAAAUACUUUGUUCUUCUAUAUUCUUAUCAAAUGCUAGUGUAACCGGACAGAUAGCGAAUGAAACAAUCGGAUCAGUCCACCAUGUAUGUCCUUGCUAGCGGACAAACUAAUGAGCCUGAUGAUCUUUUAACUAGUACUCAAGGGAUCCGGUUUCGAAUUUUCCUUCAUCUACAUUUUUUUUCAUUUUGUUUUCGUUUGUCAAGAAACAUUAGGUUGCUAGUACAACCAUCAGCUUUUGCAGCUUCGAGAAAGUCAGCAGAAGGGCUUAGCUUCGUAGAAAGUGCUGUGAUAAUGGCCUUCAGCGAGAUGCUUUCCUCGUGACUAAAGUUGCGCGGUAAAACCGUACACCGACCGCAUAAUGACAGCCGUAUUCCUAGCAGAUGGCUUGUCCAGGGCGAUGGGAGCAGGCGGUGCCUCUCCCAGGGUGACAGACCAAUUCCCAAGCAUAAGUCAUUUUUAAAAGUUACCACAGUGGGCGCACCCAAGUACACCUCUCCAGCUGACAUGCACGAUUUGGGCUUUAGAGUGACCUUUAUAUAGCGGCUAUAAUUUCGAAGGCAGACUUCUCUGUCACCUGUACAUAGCCUAACCGAGAGCCCAUCCAUAAGUCAGACAGUCGCAGGGUCGCCUAGUGCAUGACGCAGGGCCCUAAG